UUUACUAAUUGUUUGCCGAUGUGAUCCACCUGCAUUGGAUCAGUUUCACCUGUGUCCACAUCUCUCAGGUGGAUUUAGUCUUGUUGUUCCUUUGCGUUCUGUUUUUUUUUUUUUUACCCCACAUCCAUCCAAUUUCAACCACGCUGGUUUUGUACUACCAUUUCUACCAGUCUGCCACUGGCUUCAUAAACCUUUGAGAAGGUGGUUCAGGGGCAGAUCCAGUUUAAACUGGUCUCUUAUCUAUUGGUAACAUUGCUCCACUGAAAUCCAGGCAUUCAGAGUGAGACAGGACAAAUCAGUCAGUGUUGCAGUUUGUCUUUGAUAAUCCAUUUGCUGUAGUUAAAUUACCGAAAUCAAACCUGGCACAAAACAUCCAGAAAUACUCUAGUUACACUGCGUGUGCACAGUAGAAAAAUCUCCAGCUGUGUAGGAGCCAUGUACCAGCCCUUUCCUUGAUGCUUGACUACGUGAUGUGGAGACGGUGUUUCAUCAAGCCAAGACCAGUAAUUCCAGAAAGACAAAGAACAAAGCGUGCCUCAUAUGGGGCGGAGCUUCCUGGACGUCACACAGGGUGUGACAAAUGUACCGGGUAUUUAAAGACUUGCGGCGCCGCAUGUUCUUCAUACAGUCAAGAAGAUAAAGGAUAAAGGACAUUAACACAACAAUGUCAUCACCUGCAGGAAGAAAAAUGUCUUUGCAAACCUUCACGGAGCAGUUCAAGUGCUGCAUCUGUCUAGACAUUUACACCGACCCAGUCUCGCUCCCAUGCACACAUAACUUCUGCUUAAAGUGCAUCCAAGCCUAUUGGGACACAAAGGGCAAAUGUGAAUGCCCCCUGUGCAAGAAGAUGUACAAAAAACGUCCGACCCUCUGGAUCAACCGGGAAUUCGCUGAAAUCAUUGACGUCCUGAGGAGAGCAACACAGGAUGACACUGAGGUUCCGACCAGUAUUGUCAGUCCGCCCCCAAGACAGCAAUGCAUCGCUGUUCCCUGUGACAUUUGUCAUGGAAGUGAGUCCACAUCUGUCAAAUCGUGCCUCGUUUGCCAGGAGUCGUACUGUGAAAUGCACCUCGCACCUCACAGCAGAGUACCGGCCCUGAAGAGACACCCACUCGUCGACCCCGACAUCUUGAUCAACAGCCACGUCUGUAGGGAGCACGGCAAACCACUGACCCUGUUCUGCAAAACAGACCACCAGCCGGUGUGCGUGUCCUGCACAGAGGGAACUCACAGACGCCACGAGGUGAUUCCCAUGGAGAAGGAGAGCAGAAGAAUCAAGAAUCACAUGAAGGCAACCAAGCUCAACAUUCAGCAGAUGAUUCAGACCAGACUGAGAAAAAUGGAUGAGAUCACAAAGGCCGUGGAAGAUGGCAAAAAAAUCACUGAGUGGGAGAUUCAGAGGAACGGCAGGGUGUGCACCACACUGAUGAAGGCCAUCCAGAGACACUACACUGAGCUGGUGGCAGAACUGGAGGAGAAGCAAAUGAAAGCCCAGCAGAGGGCAAAUAAGAUACUGGAAAAGCUGGAGCAGGAAAUUAGUGACCUUCAGACAAGGACAAGCGAGCUGCAGCAGCUGGAAUUCACAGAGAACCCUAUUCACCUGAUACAGGGUUUCCCAUCACUCAGUAUCCUCCCAACCUCACAGGACUGGUCUGAAGUCACAGUCCAGUCUGAUAACACAAUGUGGACACUGAAGAAGGCCGUCAAUAAGCUGGCCGAUGUUUGUCAGGAGGCCACGUUCCAGCUGUCCUUGGAAGAAGCAGACAAGAUGAAACAGUAUGCAGAUGAUGUAACUCUGGACCCAGAGACUGCUUCUGGUUGGCUGCUCCUGUCCCCAGAUGGAAAAGAGGUGAGCAUCAGCAGCCACAAGAGAAAGGCUUCCCUCCCAGACAACCCUCAGCGCUUUGACGCCUGUGUCUGUGUUUUGGGGAAACAGAGUUUCACAUCUGGGAGACACUACUGGGUUGUUCAGGUCGGAGAUAAAACAGAUUGGGAUUUGGGUGUGGUCAGGAAGUCCAUCAACAGAAAGGGCGCCAUCACAGUGUGUCCUGACAGUGGUUUCUGGGCCAUAUGCAGACGCAAAGGUGGCCUCAGCCUAAGUGCCUGUGCCCGUCCCUCUGUUACCCUCCACCUCCAGGAGACGCCCCAAAGAGUUGGCAUCUUCCUGGACAUCGAGGAAGGCUCAGUGUCCUUCUACGACGCUGAUGCCAAGAAUCAUAUCUACACCUACAGCGGCUGCAACUUCACUGAGCCCAUCUACCCCUACUUUAACCCCUGUGUCCAGGAGAAUGGCAGAAACAGCGAGCCUCUCAUCAUCAGCCCUAUGUCCACUAUACAGGAGGGAAUGACCAUUGGUACAGAAGUGUAGUACCGUCCUGUUUGAACUUUUUUUCUAAUGUAUUUAUUGCACCUUGGUGUUAUUUACAUACUGACCUGCAGCAGGUCGAGAAACUCCUGUUUACUAAAGCUAAACGACGCACACGAGUAAUGUCUGAUUUUCAACUGUAUUGUAUUCUUUGUAUUGUGUAUUAUGUGGAUAUUCAACGCACGUAUAAAGCACUGUCCAUCCUGUUAAAGCCAUGACCUCAAUGUGUAAUGAACACAAAAUGUAAUCAAUUGUUUACUUAUAUGUUCUAUUUAUCUUUUAUAGCUUUUUUUCUGUACAGUUUUAUGGUGAAAAAUGAUUGUUAUCACACGACAGAGUUACAACUAUGGGGCGGUUCAAUACAUUGUAUUUGCAAUUGCUGUAUUUUACUUCUUCAUCUAUUUUAUUAUUAUCUUAUCCAUUUAAGACACAACUUUAAUUGUACAUUUGUGAUUUUAUAUGUACAGACAAUAUUUAAAUUAUAACAUGUACUUCAAUCCUUAUAAAUUAUAUUCGAAUAAAAUUUUAAUAAAGAAAAACAACAA